UCGCUUACCAGCACUGGACCGCACAGCACGUGUGGAUUUUAUUUUUCGUUUAAUUUCGUCUAUUUCUUAGUACUCUUAAUAUUUAUAUAAAGUUUUAUGGAAAAGAUUGACAAAAAGAAUGCCCGACGCCUGGCCAAGGAGCUGCGCCGGGAGUUCCUCGAGGAAAAUGAAUGCGUAGAACUGGAAUCGGACUCUGGAAGGAGUUGUUGCGGCACCACCAUCCAGGAAUUCGAUGCUCAAACCCACGACGCCUGGCUGCUCCAGUGUCCCAAAGGACUGGAUCCCCACGAGUUGGUCGGAAAGAAAAUAAAGCUGCCCGGCCGUCGUUAUGUUGGUGAUCUGCAAGUUAGGGCUAGCAACUAUUCCGACCCUCUCAACGAGGCCGUGGGCUAUGUCAACUCUAAAGGAAAGUACGCACUUCGCAGCUUACCUUUGUCCGGGUACGUUGUGGUCAGCAAGCGGCUCAACGCCCAGGAGCCUUCCGAGGAUGACAGCAGCGUCGCCUUCCCUCUGCCUUUGCCACCGCUCAAGUACAAGCUGCCCGUGCGACAUCCCUUCUUUGGAACGGACUACAAGAAGCGGAUCGAGGUGCCGGAGGUGAUUACCGAGAACCUCAACAAAGCGGACGAAAAGAGCUUGGAGAUUUCUUCCCGCUUGCGCCGCACAGCCAAUUUCUACACUAUUCGGAGAAAAAUGCUGACCAACACCCAGACGUUGCAGGAGAAGGAGCUCGAUGUUCGCCAGUCAGUGCUGACGGGUCUCACGCCUUCGUUCAUGAUGUCGCCGGCUAACCCAGCCAGCUACAUGGACGCUGUGGACGAGGUGGAGAUCAAGGUGGAGCCAGUGGAAAAUGGAACGGCGCCGGCCAAGAAGCGAAAGAAGCCGAAAACCAACGGCCAUGUGGAGGAGAUUCAAAUCAAGGAAGAACCCACAUCCCCCAAAAAGAAGCAAAAGCGGAAAGCCAAUGGAGAUGUUGUGAUCAAUGGUACAAUUCCGGAAGAGAUUUCCAUCAAGGAAGAACCCGAGGACUCGCCAUCGCCACCCAAAAAGAAAAAGAAACGAAAGGAACAGGAAGCUAACUGACACGAUGUAGUUCUAUAGUUUUUUUUUAAAUAUAAAAUAAAGUAAAUAAUUAUGAAA